GAUCAAAAGUACAGAAUUAUUUCUUGAGAAAUCCAGGUUCAUUACCAUGACAAAUUUUAUUGGUUGUCUUUUCAUUUUUAUUCAUUAUAGAAACUUCAAAAAGGACAUAUUAAGCUUCAUUCGAAAUGCUGAGAUUGCCGAAGAAAGGAUUAACUAGAUUUGAUCAGGUUCAAGAUGAAGAAACCUACCUGGAAAAUUUAGCAGUACAAAGAAAUGCUUCUGCUUUUUUUGAAAAAUAUGAUCGGAGUGAAGUACAGGAGUUGCUUACUACUGCACUAGUUAGCUGGUUGUCUACCAAAGAGGAUGUUCGCUCUCAAGUAGACAUCCCAUGUGGAAUUAUGAGUCAAAUAAAUAGUGUAGGCUUUUCUACUGCAAUCCUACUGACUCCUGUGGAUCCUACUGCCCUCUUAGACUACAGAGAAGUCCAUCAGAUCAUAAGGGAGUUGUCUAUUGGAAUUUAUUGCUUAAAUCAAAUUCCUUCAAUCAGUUUAGAAGCUAAUUAUGAUCAGAGUUCUUCUUGUCAAUUACCUCCAGCUUAUUUUGAUACCAGAAUUGGGCAAAUUUUGAUCAAUAUUGACUACAUGCUAAAAGCACUAUGGCAUGGAAUAUACAUGCCUAAAGAAAAACGAGCCAGAUUCUCUGAAUUGUGGCGUACUAUCCUGGACAUUGAUCCAGAUGGGAAGCCUCAAACAAAUAAAGACAUUUUUGCAGAAUUUAGUUCAGCAGGUUUGAUUGAUAUUACAAAGGAUCCAGACUUUGAAGGCAUAUAUGAUGAAGACAUGAAUGAAGACCCAACAUAUAAUCCAAAUAGCCCUGAAGAAAUAGCUGUGUUUAUGAAAUAUGCUGAAAAUAUUCUGCUAAAGUUGACAUUUAGUACCACACAAGUUCAACAGUAUGAAAAUGUCUUUAUAUUUGAAACAGCCUAUUGGCUUACUAAUGCUAUAAAAUAUAAUCAGGAUUAUCUUGAUAUUUGUACCUACCAGAGACUACAGCAAAGAUUGUAUCUUCAAAAAAAGGUUAUUCAAAAACACUUAGAGAAGAAACAGGAUAUUAGAAGAGGGUUGGGAUACUUAAAGUUAAUAUGUUUUCUGACUCCAUUUCUACUGAGUUUAAAAAAGAAGAUGAAAGUUCCAUAUUUAAGUUCUCUGCUUCAACCUUUUUCAGAUGACAAGGUCAAGACAGAGCGAGAGUUGCCUCCAUUUAUUUUUGGACGAGAUUUUAAAUGCCAGAAUUUCCACUACAAAGAGAAUCAAUAUUUCCAUGUUCAUGGAGGAAUUGAAUUUGAUAUCAGCACGCCUCCAAUUGAGAAUGCUCUGGAAGAUUUUCAGAACAAUUUAGAAAAAAUACGGGAUUGUGCUGCUAAUACUUUUGUAGAAGAUUCAGGAUACAAAGAAUAUUACUCAAUACCAGUCAUGGAAUUUCAUGGAAAAAGCUACUAUGUGAUCUGUUUUGAACUUGAAACUUUCUAUCAGCAACUAUAUAAGACACAGUGGUGGGGAGCCAUAAAUGAAAUUGUGAACAAUCUGAGACCAAAAAGACUUCCACUGACAGAUGCUCAAUUACAUGAACAAUUUAAGAAAAAAUUUGGUUUCAAAAAAGCUAUGAAAUGCAAGAGUAUCCCAUUUGGUAUGAAGUCUGCUGUUGAAAGAGGGUUAGCUGCCGUUUUCCACACAUUUAGCCGUAAAACCUCAAGUUCGACAAUCAAUGUUUCAGAUGAAGGAGGUUAUGCUAUUUUCCAUCAUGCUGCUCUACACAACAGAGUUGCUAUUAUAUGUCAACUCUGCAAUGCUAACUUUAAUGUCAACCAGAGACGCUUUAUUAUGUUCAGCCAAGGUCCAACACCUCUACACCUGGCUGCACAAGCUUGCUCACUAGAAGCAACCAUCUGUCUACUCUGUUUCAAAGCAGAUUACACACUCUCUGAAAAAAGAGGCUGGAUGCCGAUUCACUUUGCUGCUUUCUAUGACAAUAUAUGCAUCAUCAUUGCUCUCUGUAGAAAGGAUCCUAGUUUGCUAGAAGCUGAGGCAACAGCUGAGAAUCAGUGUACUCCACUGUUACUUGCUGCCACUUCAGGAGCACUGGAUACUAUCCAGUACCUAUUUUCUCUUGGUGCUAACUGGAGAAAAACAGAUAUUAAAGGAAAUAAUAUAAUUCAUUUAUCGGUGCUAACCUUUCACACAGAGGUUCUCAAGUAUAUAAUAGAGUUAAAUAUUCCUGAACUCCCAGUUUGGAAAACUUUGGUAGAAAUGUUGCACUGUGAAAGCUAUAAACGAAGGAUGAUGGCCGUCAUGUCCUUAGAAGUAAUUUGCUUAGCAAAUGAUCAAUACUGGGAAUAUAUUUUGGAUGCAGGCACCAUUCCUGCCUUAAUCAAUCUAUUAAAAUGUCCCAAAAUAAAAUUACAGUGCAAAGCAGUUGGGUUACUGAGUAAUAUCUCAACCCAUGUACCUGUAGUACAUGCUUUGGUAGAGGCAGGAGGCAUUCCAGCUGUGAUCAACCUACUGGUUUCUGAAGAACCUGAACUACACUCUCGCUGUGCUGUCAUUCUAUAUGAUAUUGCUCAACUUGGAAACAAGGAUGUUAUUGCCAAAUAUAAUGGAAUCCCAGCUCUGAUAAAUCUUUUGAAGUUAAAUAUAGAAAGUGUGCUAGUAAAUGUAAUGAACUGUAUACGGGUAUUAUGUAUAGGAAAUGAAGACAAUCAAAGAGCAGUGAGAGACCACAAAGGCAUCAAAUAUCUUAUCACAUUUCUGAGUUCUGAUUCAGAUGUGUUGAAGGCUGUAUCUUCUGCUACAAUUGCUGAGGUUGCACGUGACAACACAGAGGUGCAGGAUGCCCUAGCUAUGGAAGGAGUGAUUCCUCCUCUGGUGGCUCUAUUUAAAGGGAAACAGCUUAGUGUCCAAGUAAAGGGUGCAGUGGCUGUGGAAUCACUGGCAAGUUACAACCCUGCUAUACAAAAAGCAUUUCUGGAAAAGUCAUUAACUAAAUAUCUUUUAAAACUCCUAAAGGCAUUUAAAAUAGAUGUUAAGGAACAAGGAGCUGUAGCACUUUGGGCCUUGGCAGGACAAACAUUGAAACAACAGAAGUAUAUGGCAGAACAGAUUGGAUACAACUUUAUAAUAAACAUGCUUUUGUCACCAUCAGCUAAAAUGCAGUAUGUUGGAGGUGAAGCAGUCAUAGCUCUAAGUAAGGACAGCAGAAUGCAUCAAAAUCAAAUAUGUGAAGGGAAUGGAAUUGCACCUUUGGUUCGCUUACUAAGAAUUACUAAGGUAGCUGAAGGCACACUUCUGAGUGUCAUCAGAGCAGUCGGAUCCAUUUGUAUUGGUGUCGCCCACACAAGCAAUCCCAUUAGUCAACAAUAUGUUGUAGAGGAAAAUGCCUUUCCAGUACUUAUUCAACUACUAAGAAAUCACCCUUCUGCUAACAUUAAGGUUGAAGUGGCAUUUUCCUUGGCAUGCAUUGUCCUAAGGAAUGAUCUGUUACAGAAUGAAUUACAAGAAGCUGAAGGUUUUAAGUAUGAUGAUGUUCUUUAUCUUCUUCACUCACCUGAUAAGGAUAUUUGUUUAAGAGCAGGCUAUGCAUUAACCCUUUUUGCCUUCAAUAAUCGCUUUCAACAAUACCUAAUACUGGAAAGUGGAACAAUUACAAUAUCUAUUUUUGAACCUUUUCUUGAAUCAACAGUUGAAACUGAGAAGGCAAUGGCAGCAUUUCAGAUUAUCAUAUUAGCUAAAGUCAUUAUAGAUGUGGACCAUAUUGCUUUAUCUGCAAGAGGUGUUAAUAUUUUAGUUGAUAGUCUAUAUUCAAAUCAGGCCAGUACUAUUGUCUUGACAGGGAAUUUAAUAGCUAGCUUGGCUCAUUCUAGAGCUGGUAUUCCAGAAGCAUUUACCACAUUAGGGACAGUCCAACGACUGUGCCACCAUUUGUACUCAGAAAAAGAAGAGGUUCGCACAGCUUGCUCCUGUGCUCUCGGCUACUUAACUUACAAUGCAAAUGCUUUCCGCAUCCUGCUAAAGGAAUGCAGGAAUAAGCCUAAUCAGUUCAUUCGUAUAAGAAAUAACAUCAGCAGAGAUGCAAGUAUUAACCCCGCAUUUUUAAAGGAAUUUCAGAUGCAACAAAAAGUGGGACUUCCUUCCUUAAGUCUGGAGAAAAAUGGAGGACCAUCUAUAACUCCCGUCUUUAAAAAAGGAAAAGAACACCGAAGAAAAUCAAAACCUAAAAUUCAACCAAAAGAUUCUUUGACUUUAAUGCCUCCUGUAACUAACUUCAUGGGACUCUUCAGAACGACAAAAAAGACCAUUGCUUCUCAUAAUAUUUUUUCUUUUUCAUCUUCAUCUUCAUCAGAUAUUAUAAAAGUUUCAAGACCAAGAAUAGUGGUUUUGAGCCAACUUGGGAAAUAUAUACAGAAAGCAAACCCGGAGCCUCCAGAAGCCUUAUAAAAGCAUUUAGUAUGAAAG